GAAGCCAGGUAUUCUGUCCUCUUCCCUACCACGACUCCCCGUGUACGGAGAGGCUCAUGAGAGCUCAGCGGGUGUUGAGCCUGGCAGACAAGGCCCUCUCCAUCACCAGACUCCCCCGGAGGCAGCUCCAACCGCAGGCUCUGACGACUGGGUAGGCUAUGGGCUUGCCUCUCCAGGGUCCUGCUCAGCCGGGCAGGGGUUGCUGACAAUCACGCAGACCAAACCCAGGGAUUGGCCCUUCAGGACUGAUAAGAGCCACUCCCCAGUGCUUUGCAGACCUCUCAUUCAGCUAAAUACAUGACACCACCUGGCUCAAUGUCUCCUGCAGUUGUUGGUCAGGACACCUGCGUCCCUGAGGGCCUAUGUGACUUGAGGACUGGCCGGAAGUCUGGUGUGAGAAGAAGAAAGCACGGCAGUCUCACUUCGCCACCCUUCUGUGGAUCCAAAGGGCUUCCGGUCGAGGCUUCCCCUGCCCUCCCAUAUCCUGCGUCUUCCUCUCUGUCAGAGGGACCGUAGAAGGCAAGCUGUCCCAGGCACCUCGGAGGGAUGCUGCUGUGGCUGCUUAUGCUGUGGGGAGGGCCCCUGGAUGCAGCUCUGAGCUACCAGCUGGAACUACAGGAGUCCGUGACGGUGCAGGAGGGCCUGUGUGUCCACGUGCCGUGCACGUUUUCCUACCCCUGGCUUGCCUUUGCAACCCCCUACAUGUCUUGGUUCCAGAAAGGGGCAGAUGUAAACCAUGAUCCUCCAGUGGCCACAAACAAACCGAACCAGAAGCUGCAUGAGAGGACCCAGGGCCGGUUCUUCCUCCAUGGGGACCCGCAGACCAAAGACUGCUCCCUGGACAUCACGGGAGUCAACAUGGCGGACAGUGGGACGUACUUCUUUCAAAUAUUCACAUAUUCAUAUCUAGAUAAUAUGCUUUCUCUGAAUGUGACAGCCCUGACCCACACACCUGACAUCCUCAACCCGGGGACCCUGGAGUCUGGCCGCCCCGGGAACCUGACCUGCUCUGUGCCCUGGGCCUGUGAGUGGGGCACGCCCCCCAUCUUCUCCUGGACGUCAGUGGCCCUCACCUCCCUGGGCCCCAGGACCUACCUCUCCUCGGUGCUCACCCUCACCCCACGGCCCCAGGACCACGGCACCAACCUCACCUGUCAGGUGUACUUCCCUGCAGCUGGUGUGAUGGUGGAAAGGACCGUCCAGCUCAAUGUCACCUAUGCUCCACAGAACACAGCUAUCAGGAUCUUCCAAGGAAACAGAACAGUUCUGAAGACUCUGCAAAACACGUCAUCGGUUCUCAUCCUGGAGGGCCAGGCUCUGCGUCUGCUCUGUGCUGCUGACAGCAGCCCCCCUGCAGAGCUGAGCUGGUUCCGGGGGUCCCCCGCCCGGAAUGCCACCCCCAUCUACAGGAGUGCAAACCUGGACCUGCCUCAAGUAGGGGCUGCAGAGGAAGGAGACCUCCUCACCUGCCAAGCUCAGAACCCGCUGGGCUCCCAGCACGUCUCCCUGCGUCUCUCUGUGGCCUACCCCCCGCGGCUGCUCAGCCCCUCCUGCUCCUGGGAGGGCGAGGGGCUGCACUGCAGCUGUUCCUCCCGAGCCCAGCCGGCCCCCACCCUGCGCUGGCGGCUGGGGGAGGGGCUGCUGGAGGGGAACCACAGCAACGCCUCCUGGACCAUCACCUCCAGCUCUGCGGGGCCCUGGGCCAACAGCUCCCUGAGCCUCAGCGGGCCGCUGGGCUCCGGCCUCAGACUCAGCUGCGAGGCCCGGAACGCCCACGGGAAACAGAGCGCCGCCUUCCUGCUGCUGCCAGGUACACCAGAACCCAGGACCAGUGGGGUCCUAGGAGCAGUUGGGGGAGCUGGCUCCGUAGCCCUGCUUUCCCUCUGCCUUUGCCUUUUCUUCAGAGUGAAGACGUGCAGGAAGAAAGCAGCCCAGCCAGUGCAAAGUAUGGACAUGAACCCAGCCAGCAGCUCAGGCUCUGGGGCACAUCGGCACCGGUCCUGGACGGACAGCCCUGCAGACCACCCAGCUCCUGCCGAUGCUCGCCCCAUUUCAAGAGAGGAGCAGGGACUCCACUAUGCUCUCCUCAGAUUUCCCAAGCUGAGGCCUCAGGAGUGGGAAAGCAUCCACACGGAGUACGCAGAGGUCAAGACACACAAGUGAGGAGCUGCUUUGCUCAUAGUUCUGGAGACUGGGAGGCUGAGAUCAACGGGUCAGCAGAGGACUCGCUCCUUGGCUUGUAGAUGGCUGCCUUCUCUCUGUGUGAGCCUGUGUCCUAGUUUCUUCCUCUUAUAAGGACACCAGAUGUUCUGGAUUAAGGCCCACACUAGUGACCUCAUUUUAACUGAAAUUGCCUCUUUAAAUACCCUCUUUCCUACAGUCUCAUUCUGAGGUACGGGGGAUUAGGACUUCAACAUACUCAUCCUAUGAUUUCUCGACCUGGACUAUUUUUUUUUUUUUUUUUAAAGAUUUUAUUUAUUUAUUUGAGAGAGAGAGAGAAUGAGAGAUAGAAAGCACGAGAGGGAAGAGGGUCAGAGGGAGAAGCAGAC